AUGGCUGACAACAGCACUCACGAGAUCGGCAAAAGGCUUAUGGCCAAUACCAUUGACGACAUUGCCAGGACAGAUCCGGAGAGAACGGUUUGCAUCAUGCCGGAGAUAACCGACAGUUCGGAUUCUUUUGUGAAUCUGAAUUUCAGACAGCUUGCACACGCCGUGAAUUACAUGUCUUGGUGGAUAGAGAAGUCAUUUGGGCGCCACAAUGGUUCUCCGCAGGAGACGCUGGCAUACCUAGGGGCUAAUGACUCUCGGUAUUUGAUCAUUGUUAUUGCUUGUAAUAAGACUGGUUAUCAGCCCCUGCUUUCCUCUACUCGAAACUCUCAGGCGGCACAACUCCGUCUCCUAGAAAUGACCGACUGCUCAAAGCUUGCAUAUAGUUCUGAGCGAAAACAAAAAGCAGAUGAGAUCGAAGAGCACCGUUCUGAUCUGAAAAGCGUACAGAUUCCAUCGUUGUCUGAGAUGCUUGCAAGCGAUACUGAAUUGUAUCUCUUCACGAAGACAUUCGAUGAAGUCAAAAACGAUGUGGCUUUCAUUGCUCACAGCUCGGGAACUACUGGAUUCCCAAAACCUAUUCGCCUCACAUACGGCUACUUUGGCGCUCUGGACCAUGGUAGAUACGUUCCCAUCCCUGAAGGACGAACAGCAGGUGUACCGGAUAGAUUGACCCCCAACGACCUUAUCCUAUCAACAACCCCAUUUUUCCACAUGAUGGGCUUCUCUUUGAUGGUGAUGACCGUCUUCCACGGAAUUCCUUGCGUUAUAUUACCCGACAAGCCGCUGUCCACGGAUCUCCUGACAACAACCCUCAACUCGACAAAGCCAACAGCAGCCCUUUUCCCACCAUGUAUUCUAGAGGAUAUGACUGCAUCCCUCGAAUCCAUGGACGCUCUGUCGGGACUAAGACAGGUCUACUUUGGGGGCGGUCCCCUUUCCCCCGAUGCUGGACGUAAGGUCAGUGAGCGUACCAAACUGGUUAGCUUCCUUGGGAUGACGGAGGGUGGUUGGGUCUUAUCGCUUGUUCCAAAGGAGAAAGAAAACUGGUCGUAUUUCGAAUGGAGCCCAACAUUUGGUAUCAAGAUGGAAUCAAUUGGCGAGGGUGGACUCGCGGAGAUGGUUUUGCAUAGACACGAGAGGCCGGAUCUGCAACCGAUCUUCCAUACGUUUCCUGAUAUUCCCGCAUACCACACUAAGGAUCUUUACUCGCCUCAUCCGACGAAUCCAGGUUUGUGGAAGUUCCACGGUCGUCUGGACGACGUGAUCGUUUUGAAUAAUGGCGAGAAAUUCAACCCAGUCACCAUGGAGAAAAUCAUCGAGGGACAUCCGUUGGUCGCCCGAGCUGUUGUUGUUGGCUUGGGAAAGUUCCAAACAGCGCUCAUCGCCGAACCUAACUGGAAUCAAGGAAUUCCAGACGAGAACAAGUUUAUCGAGGAGAUCUGGCCGACAGUGCAAGAGGCAAACCGUAUCAGCGUGGCCCAUGGACGAGUUAUGAAAGACAAAAUUGGCAUGGCAACUCGUGAGAAGCCAUUCAGCACCACACCCAAGGGAAGCACGCAGCGACGACUGGUGACUGAUAGCUACCAAGACGAAAUUGAGGCGCUUUACAACAAGCGCGCAUCGGCAGAUGCAUGGAUUGAUACAAUUUCCGGAGCUACUGAGCUAUCCGACAUCGUCCAAGUUGUCCGGAAUAUGGUCUCGGGGAUUAUUAACCUUUCACCAGCAAAUUUUACGGACCAGAUGGAUUUGUACAGUAUUGGACUUGACUCGCUGCAGACUUUGCAGCUGAGCACGAUUCUCCAAGUUGCGGGUUUCAAGACCUUCACGCCUCAGAUGGUCUAUGCGAAUCCUAGUGUUGACAAGCUCUCUAAUCUUCUCUACGGUAUCGUACACGGCGUUCAAACGGAGGAAAGCGCAAUUGCACGGUCCGAGCGCGUUGAUGCCCUGGUCAAAAGGUACACCGAUGACCUGCAUCAACCGGGAGUUGGCACAAACGGCAUGAGCGGCAUUAACGGCGCAGUGAAAAAGCGUGCCGUCAUCUUAACUGGAUCUACGGGCUCCCUGGGAACAUACAUCCUCAACAACCUCUUGAACAACAGCAACGUUUCCAAAGUUUACUGUCUAAACCGCACCACUGACGCCCAAGGACGCCAGACCCAGAGCUUCAAGCAAAAGGGACUAACAAGCCUCGAAGGAUCUCAAGCGGACAAAGUAGAAUUCCAUACUGUCUCCCUUAACAAAGAACACUUCGGCCUUUCCGAUACCACCAUAUACACCAAGAUGCUCUCUACAGUCGACACUGUUAUCCACAAUGCCUGGCGAAUGGACUUUAACAUUUCCGUCGAGUCUUUCCAGGACCAGAUUCAGGCUGUUCGUCGACUAAUCGACUUCUGUACACAGAGCACGCAUCACGCACAUUUCUACUUCAUGUCUUCUAUUGGAGCAAUUGGGGAGUGGAAGCGUUCGGACGGAGAUACUGUCCCAGAGGUACCAUUCGAAUCUUGCGAUGUCGCACUUCGCCAAGGAUACGGGGAGGCGAAGCACAUUUGUGAGCGGAUUUGUCUCGCUGCGUCUAAGAUGGGUGUAUCGACAACUAUUCUCCGGUUGGGACAGAUUGGCGGUCCUACCACGGAGGCUGGGAUGUGGAAUCCGUGGGAAUGGCUGCCGGCUAUUGUGCAAACAUCGAAGACCAUCGGCAAGAUCCCUCGUACAUUGGGUGCUGCGCCACUCGAUUGGAUUCCAGUGGACACCCUCUCAACCAUAAUCCAAGACCUCAUCCACACGCGUCAAACGCAAAAGACAAAUCCCUGUGCAGUUUUCCACCUCGUCAAUCCUAUUCGUACUACAUGGGGAGCCCUCCUCCCCUCCAUCCACAAGGCUUACAGCAACACCAUACAACCCAUCGACAUGCAAGACUGGAUCGAAGAGUUGGAGCGUAUCGAGAAGCCCUCCCCAGAGGACCUUUCUACGAAACCUGCGCUCAAAUUAUUAGGUUUCUAUAGGAGUCUAGUCCAGGGCGAAGGGGCGCUUUCUGUGCCACUUAGUGUGGAGAGGACGAAGGAGGCGAGUGUGACGAUGCAGAGCUUAGGGCCGAUUUCGGGGGAGUUGAUGGGGAAUUGGUUGAGACAGUGGAAUUUUUGA